CAGUGUUUUGUUGCAAGCACCUUGUUUUUGUUUUUUACGAGUCGACGAUUCAUGUUUUGUAAAAAAAGAAAUUCCAAAUUUUCGUGAAAUUUCGUUCUACAAAAUGCACUGCUUGCUGUGUAAUGACGAAUCAUCACCAGUAGCAGUACAUCCCCUCUGCGGUUCGUGCUUGGAUCGCUGCAAAUCAACAUGCAUCAGGGAGGAAACAUCGAAGCUCAUCGUACCGAAAAAGGAACUGAUCCACGAGAUCGAAUGCGAAGCCUGUUUGGGCAAGUUCCCCGAAGAAGACCUUGCUGUGCACCGAGUGGCUUGCUCGGCCCAGGUGGUCUACCGAUGUGCGCUCUGUAACGCCCAAUAUCUGACCAAGGAAGGACUGUGGAGUCAUUUGGAUUCGCAUGGGAUAGAAGAUGCAAGUAGAAAUACGUACUGUAGCGAAGAAAGGAUCUCGUGCAAGCUACAUACAUGCGCAUUAUGUUGCGACCGAAGAUGCUAUCAGGAGACCAUUUAUUGGGAGCAUGUUCACGAAGAUCAUGACGGAUUUUUUCUUAAAUGUUCGGAGUGCGAAGAAACUUUUCGAUCUAAAAAACUUCUAAAUGAUCAUAUCUUGAAUCACUGCAAGAUUAAGAGAACACUUGAACUACCGGAUUUGCUAGUGAAGCAAGAGGCCAUAGAUUUGGAUCUUCCAGUGCAAGUAGAUGAUUCAACUACCUCAAGAAAGAGGAAGACACGAUCAGCAACAAUCUCUGAUAAGUUGAAAGCUGCUCCAGGGACUAAUGAUAAAAUGGAAGUGGAUGAAGAGCCCAUGGUAAAGAUUCCAUUGAGCGAAAGCAAAAGCGAUACAAAAUGUCCUUUCUGCUCAAAGGAGCUACAUCACGAGGGGGCACUCGACGUACACAUAAAAAAUUCUCACAAACCAACAAAGUGUGAUAAAUGUGAUCUUGUUUUCGCCGGUAGAAGUCGAAUGUCUUAUCACAAGGUUAGGAGUCACCCGUUGCCAAAGUUUGAAUGUCCCUAUUGUCCGGAGAAGUUCCAUGCGCAAGCCACCUAUCAGCCGCAUUUGAAAGCUCACCUCAAUGCCGAAUGUUAUCCAUGUCACAUCUGUGAGCGGCAAUGUAAAGAUCUACGCUACCUGGCGCAACAUUAUCGGCGGUAUCACUAUCCGGACGCACACUUUCAGAAUCUGUUCGCGGCACUGAAAGCGCGCGAUCAAGGCGACAAUGAAGCCAUGAAUGCGUUCAAACUGAGGGAUGUGGUCGUAAAGGAAGAAAUUGAAGUGGAAGACUCGGAGUUGCAGCCACAAGAAACUAGCGAGGAAGGUAGGGCUUGGACGGCAGAUCGUUGUCCAAUUUGCGAUGAGCAUUUUGAUGAUCGAGAACGAGUUUCCAUGCACGUGCAAGAAGUUCAUAGUGUCACGAUUUGUACACUAUGCGGGGUUAUCUUCGAUGAUGCAGAUCAACUGUUGGAUCAUAAGGCUAUAUGUUCUCUGAAUUCAAAUGAGAUGGAAGGCAUGAAUUCCAAAGCUAUGGAAUCAUCGGAUAAAUCUGUAACAUCAUCAGCAACUGAGGAUGUUGUGAAGAAACUCAUUAAGUCAGAACCAACCGGCUCCAAAUGUCCACACUGUCAUAUAGAUUUCAAGAACACAACUAUUUUGAGUGGUCACAUAGAAUGUUGUCACGAGCCAAUUAUCUGUGAUACUUGUGGCAUAACAUCAUGUGGCACGACCGAAGCUCGAGAUCAUAAGUUUAAAGUACAUGGGGAAAAGUUGUUCAAAUGUUUCCAUUGCCCGAAGAGGCUUCAAAGCAAAUCACUAUUCUUAGCACAUAUGAUCAAACACUUGGAAGACCGUAAAUUCACUUGUGAAACAUGUGGUCACAAGUUCAAAAGCUUAGUCACUCUCAUCAGCCACGUAACGAAGGAUCACAGCUUUGAAGACGCUUGGUUGAGGAUUCAUAGAAGGUUUAAAGAUUGCUAUGUACAACAACCCGAACUCGCUGCCGAGAAUGGUUUGUCAGGAGAAAAACUUGCAAUCUUAUUGGAUGAAUCAUUAUGCGAGAAAUCAUCUGAAAAACAGUCCCCAGAUCAGAUUGAUGACGAAAAGUUACCCAACUCAAUCGCUGAAAAUAGUUCCGACAGUAAUCCCUCAAAACGAAAGUCCUCAAAAUCCAAAAGCAGCUUCAAGUGUCCACAUUGCGACAAAACCUAUUCCAGCAAGUGGAAACUGAACACACAUAUUGACGAACAGCACCGAUCCAGCAACCCGAAGUCCCAAUCCAAAACCGAACUCAAGUGUCCCGACUGUCCAAAAGUGUAUUUCGCCAACUGGCGACUCAACGAUCAUAUCUACGAAACCCAUCGGAAAAUUGACUGCGAUGAGUGCGGGGUUAGUUUCAACGGAUGGACCCGCGCCCGAUAUCACAAGAUGAAGCACCACACGGAACCAAAAUUCCCGUGUCCCCAUUGUCCGGAGAGAUAUCACCUGAAAACGCAUCUCGCCCGUCACGUGAGCAAACACGUGGAGGAGAAAAAUUACCCCUGCGAAAUUUGUGGCGCCCGGUUCAAGGAUCAACAGUACGUCCGAAUGCACAUUCAACGGACGCACCAUUUGAAGGGUUGGACUAAAGGGGUUAGCACUGCGGUUGAAGAUAGCGAAAAGAACACUCAGUCGUCGCAGGUGGAGUUUGUUCCCAUCAAAGAGGAAGUUCACGAAUCUUAGGUUUUAGGUUAUUGAACGUGUGAAGGAUUAAAUAAAGAUAUAUGCAAUUGAA